GUACGUACAUGUAAAUAUUCCGGUCACUAAUCUUACAUUACGAAGUCUGUGUUUGCUUUUAUUAAUUAAAACUGUACUGAGUGAUAAGAAUCAAAUUAUCACAUUCCAGGUGGAAUUAGACACACCAUCUGUCAGAAGUCGUCCGUCCAUCGUUCAGCGCUCCACACCUCACACUGAUGCUGCACAAACCGGAAGUAACUCUUUAGUGAUUCAGCAGCUGCAACAUGAUAAGACGAAACUCUGUUAACGUUGUGUUCAACAUUUCCUUACAGUAUGGAAUCUGUUUCAUAUCAUGGCAUGAUACACGCGUAAUCUAGAUUAGCUGCUAAUCCCUGAUGACAAGUAAUUAUAAUGGAACUAUUACUACUAUGGGUCAGGGGUCAAGUGCCUGUCAAAGUUUAAAUGACCAAAUGUCGGACACAGGUAAAAUAUCAUAUGACCUAGAGAUGCAAUCAGAUAACAGACAGAAGUCUGAUGACCCAAAGUCACAUGAAGGUUUGAGGUCAGAACCCCUGGCCAUGCAUGCAGCUCAAAGUUCAGAUGAAACAGGGUCACAUCCAGGUCAAAGUUCAGAGGACUCAGAGUUGCACACAAGCCAAGAGUCACAGUCACAGGAACUUAGUUCACAUUUAGGUCAAAGUUCAGGAUCAGAGAGACAGCAAGAAGAGGAAAUGGCAGACUCAUCAAUAUCCUUACUGGAAGAGGAACAAGUAAAUGAUUCAGGUGUUGGUGAUGUUGAACAAUCUGUUCAGUCAUGCAAUACAUGUAGCUUUUCAACCAUAACAUCUUGUGAAUUACCUUCCCUUGAAAUGUCCAACCAGUUUUCUGCUCUUGUUUCGUCUGAUGAAUCAACAACAUCGCAAACUUCAAGUGUUACAGAAUCCACAAGUAGCUUCAUCCUGACAAAUGUAACAGUCGAAUCUGUAAAAUGUUUGAAGGAUAGAGAUAUUGAUAUAACUGACCCAAAGCUUCUCAAACACAUUGAUCAUCUCCUUUAUGAUUUGAAACAAUCUGCUGAUAAUCCUUUGAAGAAAAUCCAGAUCAUGGAUGAUAUUGUACAUGCAGAAUUUGUUGUUGUUUGUGAAAGACUUAUUAAGCAUCUUGUUGAUACAGACAUUUCCCUGAUGGUACCAGGUCCAUCCUGGCUACAACAGAAGAAACUCCUAUCUGUAUUAUGGAUUCUGAGUGAUGGUAGUAUCACACUUUGUGAACAGCUAGUAUGUUCCCAUUGUGCUCUUACAAUGAUGGCAGACCUUCUCAAGAGACUUUCUGAACCAUGUGAUCUUGGGAAAAACAAUGUCACUAAGUAUCUGGUGAAAGCCCUCCUUGGCAUCCUCCAUAACAUCAGUCGACAUUUGUGUGAUAGAAAUGUAAGCGACACUUUGCGAGAAGCUGGAGUUAUGACGAGUCUUAAGAUUUUAUCACUGAGCAGGACACCAAUGGUACAAGCUAAGGCUCUUAUCAUGUCAUACAUCGUAGACGAAUCAGAAAUUGUCAUUUUGAGUGUUGAUGACAACAUCCUGAAAUUCAUUGUCCAAGUCUUGAGUGAUGCAUAUCAAUCAAAAACGCACUUCUCUUCAAAAUUUGGAAUGAAUGUUGAAGAGACCCUCCGUGGUCUCAAUAAUUUGGCAAUAAAUGACAAAAAUAAAGUUUCUAUAUUUAAAUUUGGUGUCUUACAAAUAUAUGUUAGCCUUAUUUUAGAGUAUACUAACCCAGAUGAAGUGUUUACAAGCUGUCAGUGGAAUUUGGAGAUUGGCAUUCCACAAAGCAAACUGCCCCGGUAUCAGGUCACACCCACAAUGUAUAGAAGUGACUCACUGAUGUCACUACAGGGAUCAAAAGACGAGGCAAUUCGACAUGCCGCCAGAGGUGCAUUGUGGGAACUGCGAGAAGUGCCAGAAUUGCAGCUUAGACCAGAUCUAGCCAGCCUGGUAGUACAGUGUCCCCAUGUGAUGAUCAGUUAUCAGUGGGACAGUCAGGCAUUGGUGCUCCGCCUCAAAGAUUUACUGAAGCAUGCUGGGUAUAAAGUGUGGAUGGAUGUAGAACAUAUGACUGGAUCAACCCUUGAGGCAAUGGCGUUGGCAGUGGAGAGGUCUGCAGUGGUACUGCUCUGUAUGUCACAGAAGUAUAAAGACAGUCCAAGCUGUAGAUCGGAGGCAGAAUAUACCUACAAACUGCGGAAAAGUUUCGUCCCUCUUUGUGUACAGGAAAAGUAUGAGGCCGAUGGAUGGUUAGGCAUGCUCAUAGGUACCAAAUUAUACUUCAACAUCAGUACCGAUCAACUGUUUGAUCAGCAAAUACCAAAUCUGAUGAAGGAGAUCGGUGACAGGGGUCGCUUGUCAACUCAAACCCAGAACACUGAUGCUGAGAUUAUGACACCUGGUUAUGUAGCUAAACUGACCAAUGUCCAGUCAACAACACCAUCUUGUGCAAACUGGACCAUCCCUGAUGUAGCAGACUGGAUGAAAUGCCUCAGCUUGUCUGAAGUUCCAGAAGAACUGCAGAAACUUGAUGGUAACAUGCUGUGGGAGUCCAGGAGGAUGUUAGAAACUUCGCCGGAUUUUCUGUACACCUAUCUUCAAAGUGAGCUCAAAAUGAAUUUUCCAGACAUACUCAAGCUUUCCAGAGCUCUCCGCCAGUUGUAG